AUGUCGGACGACCAGGCUGAACAAGCCUUUUUCCAGGAUCAGGCGAUGAACGUGGAAUCCGAAGAUCAAGAUGUGGUCAAAGAAGAAGUCGAAGCCAAUGCUGAUGACCAAGAAUAUGACCCAAUGAGCACACUCGACGCCGAACAGCAGACGGCACACCAGGACGAAGCGACCACCGAGACACCCACCUUCAACCCACACGAUGCUUCACACUUAGCCACCAGUCUUCCGAAUGACAUCGCAGAUGCUUCACAGGAUCUUUCGCACGAUAAGUCUCAGACGUCUACACCUGCGCCACCCGUGGGUGUAUCUGCGCAGCCCCAGACCAGAACUAUUGGGGGAUUCGAGGUCGAUGACGAGGACGAGGACGAACAAGAAGAGGUUGAAGAGCAAGAAGAACCAGAAGAACAGGAAAAAGACAAAGAAGACAAAGAAGACAAAGAAGAAGAGGAAGAAGAGGAAGAAGAGGAAGAAGAAGAAGAAGAAGAAGCAGACUACGAGCCUCACUAUGAGCCUCCGGCUGCGCUGGGGGUUGAUGACACAGAUGCCAUGACCAUGGCUGAAGAUCCAAGUUCAGGAAAUGCAAUUCAAAACACUUCCCUUGAUGUAUCAUCGCAAGAGCCCAUGCAGGGCUCUGCCAGCAUGCCAGAAGUUGCCAAUAGUUCAUAUUUUCCUGCUCAUGUUCCCAAUAUCGAUCUUUCUGCUUCUGAUCAAGCUCAGUGGGCUUCGCGGGAAGCGAGCCUACAGAACAGUACCGUUCCAACUCCUGUACCUGACUCCCCCUCGACUACAAAAGGUCGUCUGCCCUAUGACCGUGUUGGGAUCCUACAAGACCGGCACCGAAAUCGCAAUCGGUUGGAUAGCGCUCGUGAGGUAUACGAGGCAUUCCUGAAGACGUUUCCUAUGGCGGCCGACCAAUGGGUUGAAUAUGCCACGAUGGAGUCUGAGCUGAAUGAACUCUUCCGUUUGGAGCAGAUCUUCAACCGCAUACUUAUUACCAUGCGCAGCGUCAAUCUUUGGUCCGUUUAUCUGGAUUAUGUCCGCCGUCGGAACCCCCUGUCCACGGACGCCAAUGGAGAGUGCCGACGAAUCAUUUCAUCUGCAUAUGAUCUUGCCGUCCAAUACGUUGGCAUGGACAAAGACAGUGGUAACAUUUGGUCCGAUUACAUUGAGUUCAUCCGCACAGGUCCAGGAAAUGUCGGCGGCUCUGGGUGGCAGGAUCAACAGAAAAUGGAUUUGCUGAGAAAAGCCUACCAGCGAGCCAUCUGUGUUCCCACGCAAUCCCUGAAUACUCUGUGGAAGGAGUAUGACCAGUUCGAAAUGGGCCUCAGUCGACUUACGGGUCGCAAACUUUUACAGGAACAAUCGCCGGUGUAUAUGACCGCACGGGGUGCUUAUACCGAAGUACAGAACAUCACUCGAGGGUUCGAAGGUGACGUUGAAUUUGCCCACCAGGUGGACGUGUGGAAGCGUUGGAUUGCCUGGGAGAAAAGUGAUCCUCUGCUUCUUAAAGAGGACGAUGAUGCGGCCUUCAAAGGUCGCGUGACCUAUGUGUACAAGCAAGCUUUGAUGGCUCUGCGGUUUAUGCCUGAAAUAUGGUUCGAAGCUGCCGACUUUUGUUUCCUGAACAACAUGGUCAAUGACGGGAACGACUUUUUGAAGCACGGUAUCGAGGCGAAUCCCGAAAGCUGCCUGCUGGCCUUCAAACAAGGCGAUCGCAUCGAAAUUACGUCCGACUCGGAAAGCGACUCUGCUAAACGAGCCGCCAAAGUACGGGAGCCCUAUGACAAGCUCAUCGAUGCGCUCUACGACUUGUCCAGCAAGGUGCGGGACCAGGAGAGUCAGGAUAUCUCUCGUAUUGAGGAGACAUUUGCGAAAGAGAACCCCAAUCACAAGCCGGCACAAAAUGACGAUGACGAAGAUUUUCAAGGCGAGGCAAAAGAGAAUGUGGCAGCUAAGAAAGCGCAGAUCGAUGCGGUGAAGAAAUCUUACGCCACCCAACUCACGGAUCUCUAUAAGACUGCUUCUUUCGCCUGGAUUGCGUUGAUGCGCGCAAUGCGUCGUAUCCAGGGCAAGGGAAAGCCGGGUGAAGUCGUCGGAUCUCGACAGAUCUUUGCAGAAGCUCGAAAGCGUGGUCGUAUCACCAGCGAUGUCUACAUUGCCAGUGCGCUCAUGGAGUAUCACUGCUAUAAGGAUCCUUCGGCCACCAAAAUCUUCGAGCGUGAUGCUCGAGCUGUAUUCGAGACGACAGUCAGAAGAUUGGCCUCUAACCCCGAAAAUGUGCAUAAAGCCAAGCCCAUUUUCGCCUUCCUUCACGAAUAUGAGUCUCGAUAUGGAGAUUUGGUCCAAGUGAUCAAUCUGGAGAACCGCAUGCGCGAGCUUUACCCCGAAGAUCCUUCGCUGGAUCAGUUCUCGCACCGUUACAUCACACCCACAUUCGAUCCGAUAUCUGUGCGACUAAUCUUCUCGCCAUCACAGACCCAGCCCAAGACAGUGAACCGUGGCUUUAUAUCGCAAAUCCAAACCUCCCCGGCACCAGGGCAAGGGCAACUUGAUAUGUCCUUUAACUCACCAAAGCGACCCUACCCCGGCGAGGAUUUCGAUUACGACUCUGAUCGUCCCCGCAAAUUUGUUCGAGCCGAGUCGCCGCUCAAGGCCGCCCAAGGCCGCCGCCUUGACCAACAGAAGCGAGGACAGCCCAUCAAUGGACAAGUCACGUCCCACUACAAACCACAAGGAUCUCCGACGCCCUUACCCCGAGAGGUGGUCCACCUACUCAGCAUCAUCCCCCAUGCAUCCGCAUACAACAUUGCGCGCUUGUCUCCAGAAAAAAUGAUCGAUCUCAUUCGCCGCACCGACAUCCCGGCUAGUACUUCCCAGAUCCCGCUCCCAGCCAAUGCCAGAGGGCUCGGUGCAGCCCAGGGUGGGAUGAAUGCAUAUGGAGGUGCUUAUCGCUGA